UAGAGGUUAUGUUUUGAAUCGCACGUGAACCUUGUAUUAGUAUUUGGAGUCAAAAAACGGCUUCUUCUAAAACUGGAAAAUGGGAAAUGAUUACAACGAUACUAAUGAUUCUACAGACGAAAAUUCAAAAUACAAAGAUGGGGUGAACAGAAAUGCGAGACUCAUAGUAAGAAAUUUAUCUUUCAAAGCCACUGAAAAAGAAUUAAGAGAACAUUUUUCACAUUAUGGUACCGUGGAAGAAGUAAAGCUAUUGAGGAGACCAGAUGGUAAAUUGGUUGGAUGUGGCUUUGUGCAUUUCACUCAAGUUCCCAUGGCAAAUAAAGCUUUGUCAGCUACAAAUAAAAAACUGUUUCUUGAUAGACCGAUACAAGUGGGGUGGGCUAUUCCUAGAUACAAAUACAGUGAGCAGAGACAGGACAAUGAAGCUACAGAUGAUAGAAAGAGUAAACCUGAAAAAAGUGAAAUUAAAUGUAAAAGAGAAAUCAAAACUGAACCAGAAAAACAAAAACCAAGAGUUAAUAGAAAUGCUCGAUUAGUUAUUAGAAAUGUAUCAUUUAAAGCCACAGAAGAAUCCUUAAAAGAAUAUUUUGCACCUUAUGGUGAUAUACUGGAGGUGAAAUUACUAAAAAAGCCAGAUGGAAAAUUGGUUGGAUGUGCUUUUGUUCAUUACAAGAAUGUACCAAUGGCUAAGAAAGCAUUAUUGAAUACAAAUAUGAAACCUUUUUUAGGCAGACCAAUAUCAGUGGACUGGGCUGUACCGAAAGACAAGUAUAUGCAACACAUCGUGCACCAACAACUUGAGCUUCAGGACCAAGUCAAGAAGGAGGAGUCAGAUAGUGAUGAUGAUGGAGCACAAUUGAAUUUGUCAAGUGAUGAUAUUAAACCAGAAGUUAAGAGUGAAUCUGAUGAUGACACUGAUGAUAAUGUAAAGUCAGAAAGUGAUUCAGAAAAAGAAGACAAUAGUGAUGAUGAGAAAGAAGAAGACGAAGAGUCAGCUGAUGAAGAUCAGGAAGAUAUGGAUGAUAACUUAAGUCAGACUAGCACACAGGCUGAAACAAAAAGGAUAAGAUUAAACGAUGCUGAAGACGGAUGCACAGUCUUUGUAACAAAUAUACCUUUUAGUAUAGAUAAUGAUCAGUUAAGAGAUUUCGCCGAGAAAAUCGGGCCCGUGAAAUAUGCACUUAUAUGUAUGGAUAAACUCACUGAACAUUCUAAAGGAACUGGCUUUAUUAAAUUUGUGAACAAGGAGGAUGCAGAUAAAAUCCUGUCAGCAUCGGCAGAUCAUUUGAAGCUGGAGGGUCAGGUGUUACAGGUGAAGCCGGCAUUAAAGAAAGAAAAUUUACAGAAUGGCAAGAAGAAAGAACCUAAAGAUAACAGGAAUUUAUAUCUCGUCAAAGAAGGAGUCAUAGUGGCCGGUACAAAAGCAGCUGUUGGUGUAUCAGCUUCCGAUAUGUCUAAGAGAUUGGCCUUAGAGCGAAGUAAGACACAGAUGUUAAAGAAUUUGAAUAGAUUCGUAUCGCGGUACCGCCUGGUAGUAUCGAACCUGCCGCCGAACUGUGACGACUCCACGCUGCGCCGCGUGUGCAGUCGCGCGGCGGGGAUGGACGAGGGCGGGGGGCGGGGCGCGGCGAGGAGGGGCGGCGUGCUGACGGAGGCGCGCGUCAUGCGGGACCUCCGCGCGCCGGUCGGGAGGGACGGGAAACAUCCAUCUAAAGGUUACGGUUUCGUGAUGUUUACAAGACACGAAGACGCCUUGGCCUGUCUCAGGAAAUUGAACAAUAAUCCGGAUAUAUUUGAUAAAAAUAACAGACCAAUCGUGUCGUUCUCAAUAGAAGAUCGGACAGCUCUGAACGCAAGAAAGAAGAGACUAGAAAAGUCAGUCGCCAACAAUCCGCUCGCUAAAAAACAAGAAAAUAACGGAGCCAUAGACUACGGGAAAAACAGAAAGAGAAAAGCGAACAAAGCACCCGAAGAAGGUUACGCAAAGAAAGGGAGAUACGAUAAGAAGAAUAAACAGAACAACACCGAAUAUGGUAGAUUCGUUAGAAACCCUAAAGUAGAAAAUGUCAACGAAUUUACAGGAUUAACAGCUAAGGAAGGAACCCAACAUAAAAUGAGAAGUAAUUUUAAGUUAAAGGAACAGGCUGAGGUACAUAAAAAGGCCAUGAAGAUUGAGAAAAAGAAAGGCAAGCACGCACUGAAACUGAAGAGGUUGGCGAGGGAGAGGAUCAAGCAGCCCAAACAGCCGAUCAACAAGACUAAUGAGUCGCGGAGAAAAAAGAAUAAACGUCGAACACAAUGAGUUCUGUUCAUUACACAUUAAGUAUGUUAAGUAAAAUAUGUUACAGAUUA